AUGCCUAAUGUGGAAUAUCUCGGGCAUAGGGUCUCGCACAAUGGACUGGAGGCAAAUCCGAAAGAUCUGUCUGCAUUGACGGAUCUGGCAUCUCCAGGAUCACGCAGAGCUAUACAGUCAUUAUUGGGAAGUCUGAACUACUAUAGCCUAUUUAUCGAAGGCUACGCGAUCUACGCGUCGGUUCUAAAUCGGCUUUGUUGCGAUGAUGAAGGAGGCUACCCAAGCGCGAUCCAACAAGUACUGGAAGCGGAGAACGUGAAACAAGGAUCGCAGGAAGAUCAGGGUGUCGACCACCGAAAUACCUUGAAUCUAGAAGCGCCAGAUCCUACUGAGGUGGAUCCGCGUUGGAUCCAUGCCCAUCGGUCCUUCAGUGUGCUUAAAACGAGAAUCGCUACAGCUCCGAUCUUACAGCACUUUGACCCAGAUCGGAAGGCCACCGUUGUGGUGUAUGCUAGCGAUUGGGCCAUUUCGGGAUCAUUGAUGCAGGAAUAA